AGCAAGAUAUAUACUUUGCUUUUAAAAUAUUUAACUUUUUAUUUAUAUAUAACUUUUUAAUGCUCAUCUUGAAUUUUCUAAGAUACUAAAGUCAUCCCUCUUAAACAGUUUUUUACUCCUUGAAACUAAAUGCAGUUCAGUUAUUUGAUUAGUUGAUGCUAGAAUUUGACCUGGAGCUUAUAUAAUUAGAAGAGACACUAGUUUUCCUCAUUUAAAAGCCUAGUUAGCAUAUGACAGUCUCCUUUCUGGGGAAGGCAAACCUCUACUGCUUCUUUUUAUAACCUUUAAGUUAAUUCAGAAUCCAGAUAAGCCUGGAUCCGAGGAUGAUAUAACCACAGCAAGCAACAUGGGAACCUCUAAAGAAAUCAGGAAAGCCUCACAAAACAUGGUAUGAUGUCUACUGGUGGAGAGAGGCCCCGAGGUCCAAGGAGGAGGGGAUGGCCUGAUCCAGGGACAAUGAAGAUGCAAUGUUGAAGAAUAAGCUGGAGGAGAGAAGAAACAGGCACCAUGGAAAAAACCAAAACAAAGCAAGGAGAGAAUGAACAUAAACCGAUGAAUAAUCCUUCCACACAGAUUUACCAGUUGCAGGCCCUAGCCUCUGAACUCAAAACUGGCUUCACAGAAGCAAUGCAAGAAUUGUCAAGAAUUCAACAUGGAGAAUAUGCUUUGGAAGAGAAGGUUAAGAGCUGCAGAUGUUCCAUGGAAGAAAAAGUUACUGAGAUGAAGAAUUCAUUAAACUAUUUCAAGGAAGAGCUGAGCAAUGCUAUGUCAAUGAUCCAGGCUAUCACUUCCAAACAAGAAGAAAUGCAACAGAAAAUUGAACAGCUUCAACAAGAAAAGCGAAGAGAAUCUCGAAAAGUGAAAGCCAAGAAAACUCAGAAAGAAGAACAUGGCUCACAGCCCGGACCUGCUCAAGCACAAGGAAGUCCUUUCCGUUCCAUCAACAUCCCUGAGCCUGUUCUUCCAAGUGAAGACUUUACAAACCUUCUGCCUUCUCAGGCCUAUGAAAAAGCCCAAGAGUCCAGAUCCAUGCAUGUAGGAGACAGUAAUGUGAAGGGAAUGAUGGGUCCUGGAAUGAACCCAACAACUCCAGAAGCAGAAGAAAACCUUAAGUCUUGCCUCUCGGCUGAUAUCCAACCCAAGGGCCAUAUCCCAUCUGGUGUGUGGAGGCAGCCUAAGGAUGGUAAAGAAUGGGGCGAGGAAUACGUCACGAAAGACCACCCAGAUAAACUCAAGGAAACUGUCCAGGGCAGACACAGCUCCUUGGAAAAUGUUUUAUGUGAAACCUCUUUAGCUGCUAAAAGACAGACUGUGGCUCUAGAACUGCUUGAAUCAGAAAGAAAAUAUGUCAUUAACAUCUCUCUGAUCCUGAAGAUCAAGGCAACAUUCCAGGGGUCAGAUGGAAAGAGGAAUUCCAAAGAGAGAAGCCUCUUCCCUGGCUCUUUACGGUACCUUGUCCAGCAGCACCUGGAUUUGCUUCAUGCUCUGCAGGAAAGGGUCUUGAAGUGGCCACGCCAAGGAGUCCUGGGAGAUUUAUUCCUUAAGUUAACAAAUGAUGAGAAUAAUUUUUUGGAUUAUUAUGUUGCUUACUUGAGGGACCUGCCUGAAUGCAUCUCUUUGGUUCAUGUGGUUGUUCUGAAGGAGGGUGAUGAAGAGAUUAAGUCUGACAUCUACACACUGUUUUUUCACAUAGUCCAGCGCAUCCCUGAAUAUCUGAUACAUCUGCAGAAUGUCCUGAAAUUCACAGAGCAGGAACACCCUGACUAUUACUUACUUCUGGUGUGUGUUCAGCGCCUGCGAGUAUUUAUCUCACACUACACCCUGCUAUUUCAAUGCAAUGAGGAUUUGCUUAUUCAGAAACGAAAGAAGCUCAAGAAGUCAUCCAUGGCGAAGCUGUACAAAGGGCUGGCUUCCCAGUGUGCAAAUGCCGGGCAAGAUUCUUCUCCCACUGCAGGCCCUGAGGUUGUCCGUGACAGUGGGAUCCACUCCGAGGAGAUGCUGCAACCCUACCCUUCUGCUCCCAGUUCUGGCCCUGCUGUCACGCAUUUGAUGCCCCCGGUGAAGAAAAGCCAACAACAGCAAAGCUUGAUGGAGAGCAUGCAGCCCGGGAAGCCCAGUGACUGGGAGAUGGAGGGCAGAAAGCACGAGAGGCCCGAGAGCCUCCUGGCGCCGGCGCAGUUCUGUACCGCUGAGCAGGACGUGAAGGCGCUCGCCGGGCCCCUGCAGGCCAUCCCGGAGAUGGACUUCGAGCCCUCGCCCGCGGAGCCGCUGGGCAACGUGGAGCGCUCCCUGCGCGCCCCGGCGGAGCUCCUGCCAGACGCCCGCGGCUACGUGCCCGCGGCCUACGAGGAGUUCGAGUACGGCGGCGAGAUCUUCGCGCUGCCCGCGCCGUACGACGAGGAGCCCUUCCAGGCCCCAGCCCUCUUCGAGAACUGCUCUCCCGCCUCUUCCGAGUCCAGCCUGGACAUCUGCUUCCUGCGGCCCGUCAGCUUCGCCAUGGAAGCCGAGCGGCCCGAGCAUCCGCUACAGCCCCUGCCCAAGAGCGCCACGUCGCCGGCGGGCAGCAGCGGCGCCUACAAGCUGGAGGCGGCGGCGCAGGCGCAGGCGCACGGCAAGGCCAAGCCGCUGAGCCGCUCGCUCAAGGAGUUCCCGCGCGCGCCGCCCGAGGGCGUGGCCCCGCGCCUCUACAGCACGCGCAGCAGCAGUGGCGGCCGCGCGCCGCUCAAGUCCGAGCGCGCCGCGCAGCCACACGGCCAGGCCGCCUCCGCCCGUGGCGCGCCCAGGACCUUCUUUCCCCAACAGAGGUCCCAAAGCGAAAAGCAGACCUAUUUGGAAGUAAGGAGGGAGAUGCAUUUAGAAGACGCCACCAGAUUCUGUCCAAAGGAAGAAAGAGAAAGCGAACAGACAUCUUUCAGCGAUCAAAACCCCAGACAAGACCAGAAAGGGGGCUUUCGAAGCUCCUUCCGCAAGCUCUUUAAAAAGAAGUCCAGUGGAUCAGAAUACAGGGAAAAAACUAAUGAGAAUCCCUCAAUGGAUCCUUCACCCACCAAACAAGAUUUCUUCAGAAACCGACUUGCUCUUGCAAAUGACCUUGACCAAGGAACAGCUGUGUAAAACAUACUUAAAGUUGUAUUGUCAAGUGGUAAGAUGAGGAUAAAAAGCUUGUAUAUAUCUGUGUAGGAGUCUAUAUAUAUAUUGAUGUAUAAAUCCCUGAGGAAAACUAAUAUAAAUACACAUGAAACUAAAUCAACAUACAAGACAUUGAAGAGAUGAAGAUUAGUCUAUGGUUGAGAGCUGGCCUUUUGAACCUCAACACUUGGGAAAAGGGAAACGAAGACUUUUCACAGCAUUACAGAAAAACACAAUAAAUUUGGAGGAAAAUAAACGUUUGUAAGAACAAAAACUUCCACCUUGAAGUCAUUCCCCCAGUAUAAUAUUGAGCAUGUUCCUAUUUAACAUGGAUGUGAAUUUUGUGCUUCCUAGGUAUUUAGCUUAUUAAUUCAUCCCAGUGUUCUUAGACUAAUAUACACAAUGUUAGGGGCCAGUUCUGUCUUGCCUAUGUCUUCCCGAACCCCCAAGGCAAUACAUAACAUUCUUUAGGCAAAGAGGUCAGUUCACAGAAUUGCAUUUUACAUGUUGGAAAUAUAAGUUGUGGAGAAUUUGUGUUUAAACCAUGACACAGAAGGUUCAAAGCUUAAAGACAUAUAGGUCUCCAAAUAGGAAAACAACCUUAAGAGUAGUAUUCCUCUUGUUCUAUGGUUAUGAAAAUCAGUUUCCUUUCUGGAAACUGGGAGGCCAGAGAAAUUAUUUUCCCUUUUGUGGGUUGUGCUGCAGAUGUUUUAUUGAGUACUCAGGAUUCAGAGGUCCAUUAGUGAUCCUGAGUGUCACACACUCAUGACCAGAUAGACUGGGAAAAAAGCACUGAUUUAGCCACAUCCUCUUUAAAAGACUUUCUUCAGUCUGUAAAGAAAAGUGGCAACAACAACAGUGGUUUAAUGGCUCACACACAGUGGUUGCUACAGACACUAAGUCAGAAUGAAAACUUAGGGCUGGCAAUGACCUUAUUCUGUUUUCCAGAAGUGAAUUGUAAAGAAACGAAGUUCUUAGAGCUCUGGCAGAGGAGUCAUUGCAAAGAAGCUUCUCUGGCUAGGGGGUAAUAAAUUUGCUCUAUUUCCGCAUAGGUAUGCCGAAGAGGGUCCACAUCCUUGACCUGCCCCAAAUGUCAGAAUCAUGAUAGAAAAAAUUAGGUUUAAACCAUUUGUCUCUACUUCUAGGCAGUUACCUAUAAUUAGGGACAUUGGUUACUAUUCAUUCAGCAUCUUGACACUCUAGCUGACUUUUCCAGAGAUUGUUCCUCUAGUUAUGGACCGUUUGAGAGAAUAGGAGAAAUUUCACUUCUAAAAAUUACAAGUUUUCUUCUCCUUGUCUGAUGACUAAUUAGGAACCCAUCUAUUAGUAUUUUGAACAGUAGGAGUCUGGAGCACUUCCAGGAUCACUGCCAACUUUUUGGAGUUUCCAAUCUUGAAACCAAGCUUUUCAUUUUCCUGAAACUAAUGAAGUCCUUUGAAAUUAGAUUUCUAUUGUCAGGUCAAAGAAGUUUUGGGGGCAGUGUUCAAAAACAGUGUGAAAUUGAAGUAGAUGUGAAAAGUGAAACAGAAGACACAAUCUCUUAAAAUUUCCUUCUCCUUUAUAUUGUUUAUCAUAAAAAUGAUCAAUUAUUAGGAUGGCUUCAAAAAUAUCAUACACCUCCCAAAUUUUCAUUUGAAUAACAUCAUUUGAGAAAUCUUGAUGCUACAUCUGUAGCACAACUCAAUUUAAUUAUAUUAAACUAGCCUAGAAAACUGGGAAUAAUUAAUGCUGCUCCUCUCUGGGUCUCUAUCACCUGACAUCUGGAUUUUUUUCUGGUAGUUUUCUAACUGCCCCCAUCAGUCCCACACAUCUUCAACGUAUGAAUAUCCCCAAAUAUUGCUUUGUGUGAAACUCAAAUUGUUCUUAUUUGUCUACUGUCA